AUGAAAAAGAGUUUUAGACCAAUUGCGAGGGUACAACAGAAAAGUGAAUUAUUUGAGAAUAGAAGAUUAAAUGUUAAUGAAAAUUUUGGGAUAAAAACAGAUGAGUAUGGUAUGGAAGAUAUUAAUGAUUAUUUUAACGUAGCUAAUUCAAUUAUAGCAGGUCAUAAUACUAUAGAUUCAAGAGAUAAUAAGAUUAAUACUGAAUCAUUAAGAUAUAACAUAAGUAAUAUUGAAAAUAAGUAUAAAAAUGAUGAUAUUCUUGAUACAAAUAAUCAAAGUGUAUCAAAUCACUGGGUACAAAGUUUCAAUAAUGAAAUUGAUUUGAAUUUACUAGAAAAAAAUUUAACAGAAGAAAUGAAAAAAGAAAAAGAUUCAUCAAGUGCUUCUGUUAAAUUUUUAAAAAAUAAUUCAGACACUAGAAAAAUUAAUGAAGUAGGUGAGAUAAUUGUUGGUAAUUCUGAUGAAUUGGACAAUAAAUUUGAAACUAAAAACAUAUCAAAUCAUAUUGAUGACUUUGGAAUUGAUGUUAUUAAUAAUGAAAAUGACUGUUUUGAAAUAAACAAUAAUAGUUUUAAAAGUGAAAAUAAUAAACAAAGUGAUAUGUUAAGAUUUAGUUCUAGUAAAAGUAAGAAAGGUAAGGAAAGUUUAAAAAAGAAGUUAAAUAACAGUAAGAAGAAAUUAAAUAAGAAGUCAGAAAGUUCAAAUAAGAAAUUGAUGACUGGCGAUGAAAGAUUAGAACCUAUCAAUUUCUUUGAUGUAAAGAGCACUGGUAGUGUUAGUGGUUUAAUAGAAAAUAAAAAUAUAGGAACAGCAGCGAUAAUUUUAAAUUCAGGGGAUCUCCUUGAACAAGAAAAUAUAGAAAACAAUAUGAUAUUCCAUGUAAUGUCAGGAAAAGUAAAAGUUAAAACAAAUCAAUCAGGAAAAACAAUUCUAAAGAAAGGUAGUGUAUUUUCAAUUGUUAAAGGAGAUUCUUUUACAAUGAAUUGCAAAUCUAUAAAUGUUGCAAAACUUUUAAUGUUUUAUAGCAUUGAAUAA